AUGCUAUUUAUUUUAUUGGUUGGACUAAGUUGUAUAGUAGCAAGAGAUGCUGAUUUGAUCGAAACGGAGAUAGCUUAAUUAGAGCAUUUAAUUUAACUGCAGACUGAGAAAUUGCAUUACUUAAAGGAAUUAAGGGAGAUUUCAAUAAACAAUUAACAAAAUAUUCCUUAAAUCGAUUAACAAGUACUCUAAGAAGUUGUAUAAAAGAAGCCUUACAAGACUUAGAGUAACGAUAAACAGAAUUUAAAUAAGGAGAGAUCAUUCACAAAUAGAAUGCUUAAGAAAUAUUAAUUUAAUAUUACAAAUUCCAUUUUGGACGCAUCCUUGAUUCAAACUUUCUAAUACAAAUCUACAACAACUGACAAUUCCUUCACCCAAAUGCUGUAUGUUGUUACAAACACAAAGGAAAUUGAGAUUUAUGAUCUAUCCAAUUCAAUGAUUGUCAAUGCCUAAUUGGAUUUCUAACCUCAAUACGUGUCGAUUAGUAAUCGUGCAGAUGAUCCUAUUUUGGCGUUGGCAAAUAAAGAUGGCUAAUUCGCCUUGUAUAAAAUCGAGAAUUCCAGAAUGGCUAUAGAAUCACAGGAUUCCUAAAAACCCAAAACUAAAUUAGUUAUUUAAUUGAAUAAGGAAUUUGAAAUGAAUAUUGAGAACUAACAAAUCACAUCCAUGAUAUACGCUAUGGUUAAAGGCACAAAAUACAUUCUAUUUGGUUCUAGCAGUGGAAGUGUUUAUGCUUACACUCGUAAUGGUACAUUAGUAGGAGAGAGGAAUUUCAAUAGUCCCAUCAUACAAGUGAUCAAAUCAUAUCCGAACAUGUUAUAUUUAACAUCUACUGGAUUUGGAUACAUCAAUCCUGUCAACUUGGAGAUAGUGCAACCAAUUUGCGACAAUUUGCCGUUUUAAAUUGUUCAUUUGACACUGGAUAUUCAAUAAACCAAUAUUGUUUAUGCUCUAUCUGAUUUAGGUGAGGUAUAUGUGUUUGAAAUCAAACAAAACGAGUAAUGCAAAAUGAAGUUGAAAUUAGUGAACAAUCAAUAAUCUUAGGUGAUAUUGAACAAUGCCAAAUUAUAUAGUUUAAGACACUAUCUUAUAGUUUAUGAUUAGGACACAAGAGAAUCAUUGUUAUAUAAUACCACUGAUGUGUUGACAGAAGUGGAUUAUGACUAGCCUUUUAAUCUUGAACUCUUCAAAUAGAUCAAAGGUCAAUAAGUUGUAUUACAAUCUAUCAAAGGAAAUGGUGCAUCUCAUUAUUUGUUGACCAGGGAAGUAUAGGAUGAUCAUGAAUUGAUCAGUUAUUAUGAGAUAACUAUGCCUUAGAAGAAGGAUACAGACAUCUUCUCCAAUUUCAGAUUCCCCAUCAUCAUCAUUGCAAUUGUUAUUGUGCUCUUGUAUCAAUUCUGGUUCAAAGGCAAGAAGAAGGAUAAGAAAGACAAGGGAUCCAAGAAGAAAAUAAGAGGUGAAGACGAGGAGAUUGAACAAAUCCUUAAUUAGGCUAAGAAACCUUUGACUGGUCCUGCUGGAGGGGCUUCCGCAAUUAAUAAUAGAUCUCCAACCAGAUCAGAAGUGCAGAAUGGAUAGAAACAAGUCAGAUUCGAUGAAAAUCUGAAGAGAGCUGACAAAUUCAAGGAACAACUUGAAAAUUUAGAUUAAAAAACCAAAUUACUUAAUGAGAGAGUGGGAGUCACAAAUAAUAUUGAGGCCUAGAGACAAAAGUUGGCAUAACAAGCAUUACUGUAGAAAAAUAAAUAUGUAUGA